AUGACUGACCACUCCAUCUCUGACGGGGUAUCGAUCGAUGUGGACCCCGAAUUCGAGAAUGACAGUGCCUACGGUGGUGAUGACUGGGUAUCAUAUCAAAGUCUCCGAAAUAAAGAAUACUGCCUUCCCUCAGAUGAACAGCAAUUCGAGGCAUACGAAGCAGGACACCUUGUGGAUCUCAUUUUGGACUCAGAGCGAGAAAAUCCACUUUUCCGCGCGCCAUGCGGAGAUGAUAAGGAAGCCCCCCUUCAUAUUCUAGAUAUUGGAACCGGAAUGGGCACAUGGGUUAUCGAUGUGGCCGAUAUGUUCCCGAAUAGUAUUGUUCGAGGCGUGGAUCUCUAUCCACCACCCAUAACCUGGAUGCCGCCAAACUGUACGAUUGAAGUAGACGAUGUGCUACAGGAAUGGACCUGGCGGGAACCAUUCGAUUUGAUCCGCAUGCGCAACAUGAUCGGAUCCUUCGACCAAGCGGAGUGGGAUCGCGUUUAUCAACAAUGCUACGACAAAUUAAAGCCCGGCGGUUGGAUCGAGCAGUACGAAGUUGGGCCAUUUGUUGAAUGCGACGACGGCAGUUUACCCGAAGACAGUGUGCUCUCGAAAUGGGGGCCCAAUAUACGCGGCUGUGGUGAGCGUGCAGGACGAACCUGCGAUGUCAUUUUCACAAUGGCGAAGAGUAUUCGGGAGAAGGGAUUCAUCGAUAUGCACGAAAAGAACUACAAGUGGCCCAUUGGGCCCUGGGCCAAGCAUCAGAAAUUCAAGGAGGCUGGUUUGCUGAACUAUGAGCAUUGGAUGUCUGGGAUUGAGGGGUGGUGUAUGUGGUUGCUUACCAAGUUUGGUGCGCCUAAGCCCUGGAAGAAGGAGGAGGUGGCGAAGAGGAUAUGGGCGCGCAAACCGUUUCCUGGCGAAGUUUCACAAAAUAUGAAGGCCACCACAGAGUCACCGCAGUCAAGACCCGUGACUAGUAAUGAGUGA